GUAGCCUGUUGUCCUUCAUCUAUUAUAGGCUAUAGCUAACAGAUAACUUGUAUUAUGAGCCCACUCUUCUUUUAUGUUGCAAGCCAACGCAGAGAUUGAUCAACAUGAUCCAAGUUGCCGUCCACAGUCCCACUGUCACUUCAAAUUCGUUCGUUUCAUUUUCAAGUAUCAAACCCAGAAGCAGAACGCGGAAAAUCAAAUCGGGUGUUUUCUGUGCGGCUUUUGAUCAAACAGUCGGUGGGCAGUUGCUAAUCGAUAAUGAGAAGAGUAAAAGGAAGAGAAGGGUGUUCUUUCUGGAUGUUAAUCCACUCUGUUACGAAGGCAGGAUACCUAGUUUGCACUCCUUCGGCCACUGGAUUUCCCUCUUCUUUCGAGACGUUAGCCACACUGAUCCUGUCAUCGCUGUUUUUGAUGGGGAAGGGGGUAGUGAGCAUCGUCGACGUUUAUUACCUUCGUAUAAGGCACAUAGGAGAAAAUACAUUGGACAGUUAAAUGGUUUGAAAAAAUUCUCGAGUGGUCAUGUUGGGAGGUCGCUUCAAUCCAUCAGAGAUGUUCUCGGAAAAUGCCAUGUGCCAGUUAUUAAAGUUGAGGGUCAUGAAGCAGAUGAUGUUGUGGCUACUCUUGUGGACCAAGUUCUGCAAAGAGAUUACCGGGUAGUUAUUGCCUCUCCUGACAAAGAUUUCAAGCAGUUGAUUUCUCAAGAUGUGCAGUUAGUUAUGCCUCUGAAGGACUUAGAACGAUGGUCCUUUUACACCCUAAAGCACUACAUUGCUCAAUAUAAUUGUGAUCCACGUUCUGAUUUGAGCCUUAGAUGCAUUAUGGGUGAUGAGGUUGAUGGUGUACCCGGAAUCCAACAUGUGGUUCCUGGAUUUGGCCGUAAAACUGCUCUAAAGCUUUUGAAAAAGUAUGGUUCAUUGGACGAUUUACUAAAUGCAGCAGCAGUAAGAACUGUGGGUAGACAGUAUGUGCAAGAGGCUCUCACAAAGUAUGCUGAUUACUUGCGAAGAAAUUAUGAAGUUCUUGCCUUAAAGAGGGACAUUGAUGUUCAUCUUGAAGAGGAAUGGUUGGUUGAAAGAGACAUGAGCAACGAUUCAAUAAUUUUAUCUGAUUUCUUUGAGUCCUUGCAAGAAACCCAGAAGCUCACUCGCCAAAACAGAUACUAUUUUUCUAAUAGCUAAGCUCCAAAACGGCCAUUUUGUUCUGAUUUUGUUGCAUUCACAGCCUCUUUACCCCUUAAUUUGAUACGCGGCUCAGACAUGAUCAUCUGGGUUUAGACAUGCUAAUCUUCCCUGAUAGCAGAGACCAGUGAAACCAAUGGCAACAAUGGGACUAAUAUGCGCACGACAACACAUUCUUGGAGCAGUUUCUUGAAGAAUAUCAUUGUUUGACAAUGCAGCUCAUAGUUUCAGAGUUCUUAUAAGCAACUUUCUGAAGGAAUUUUCACCAACCAACAAAGGAGAAAAUACAAAGCAGGCAUACUUAAGGUGACAUCAACUCUCAAUAGGCAAUUAAAUGCAGUUGUUAUCAUCUUGUAUGCUGAGAUAGCGAUAAAUUUUGAGCUUAUUCCAAUUAUAAACACAAGAUAAUUUGUUAGUCUUUCAU